AUGGAGGCCAUCAAGCAAGCUCUUCACCUUGGCAAGGCCAAUGAUGCCCCUGCUGAGCCUAGCCCCGAGGCUCUCAACGAGCUCAAGGAGAAGUACACAAAAGCCGGCCAAGAGCAAGUCUUCACCUUCUACGACUCCCUCUCAUCGGCCGAGCGAGGAACUCUGUACCAGCAGCUUUCUGGCUUCGACCCCGCCCAUAUCAACGAGAUCACACACCGCGCCUUGAACCCUCCUAAGACCAGCGAUGAGCCCGAUCGCCUCGAGCCUCUCCCCGAAUCUGCUACCGCUAGCAUUCUCGACUCCAGUGCCGAUGAUAUCUCCAAGUGGUACGACUCUGGUCUUGACCUCAUCUCCAAGGGUCAGGUCGCCGUCGUCCUCAUGGCUGGCGGUCAGGGCACUCGCCUUGGUAGCUCUGCCCCCAAGGGCUGCUACGACAUUGGUCUUCCCUCCCACAAAUCUCUCUUCCAACUUCAGGGUGAGAGAAUUGUCAAGAUCCAGGAGCUCGCCGCCAAGAAAUCUGCUGGCUCCAACGCCGUGGUUCCCUGGUAUGUCAUGACCAGUGGUCCUACCCGUGGCCCUACCGAAAAGUUCUUCCAGGAAAACAACUACUUUGGCCUGAGCCAGGACAACGUCAAGAUCUUCGAGCAGGGUGUUAUGCCCUGCAUCUCCAACGAUGGCAAGAUCCUUCUCGAGACCAAGGGCAAGGUUGCUGUUGCUCCUGAUGGAAACGGUGGCCUCUACAACGCUCUUGUCGUCUCCGGUGUUGUUGAUGAUAUGCGAAAGCGCGGUAUUCAGCACAUCCACGCCUACUGCGUAGACAACUGCCUUGUGAGGGUCGCUGACCCCAUCUUCAUUGGUUUCUCUGCCGCCCUUAACGUCGACAUUGCCACCAAGGUUGUCCGUAAGCGUAACGCUACUGAGUCCGUCGGUCUGAUUCUCUCCAAGAACGGCAAGCCAGAUGUUGUCGAGUACUCCGAGAUCGACAAGGCCACUGCCGAGGAGCUUGACCCUAAGCAGUCUGAUCUCCUUCGAUUCCGUGCUGCCAACAUUGUCAACCACUACUACUCUUUCAGCUUCCUCGAUUCCAUUCCUCAGUGGGCUCACAAGCUCCCCCACCACAUCGCCCGCAAGAAGAUCCCCUCUGCUGAUCUUGAGAGUGGCGAGACCGUCAAGCCCGAAAAGCCCAAUGGCAUCAAGCUGGAGCAGUUCGUCUUCGAUGUCUUCCCCUUCCUGACCCUGGACAAGUUUGCCUCACUCGAGGUCAAGCGUGAGGAUGAGUUCUCUCCCCUCAAGAACGCUCCCGGCACUGGCGAGGAUGACCCCGAUACCAGCAAGGCUGAUAUCAUGACCCAGGGCAAGCGCUGGGUUGAGGCUGCUGGUGCCAUUGUCGUUGGUGACAAAGCCGAGAUUGGUGUUGAGGUGUCCCCCCUCAUCAGCUACGGUGGUGAGGGUCUGGAGAAACUCAAGGGUACGGAGAUUACGCCCCCUACUCUCCUGUGGCGAGAGUAA